AUGAACACCUUCCCCGUGCGGGUACGAGAGGGGUCACAGAGUGAAUUCGAGUUGCACCUGGACAGCGCCCUGUGUGUGGUGGAGCAGGAUGCAGAGAGCGUGCCGGCGCGGCCACCGGACUGCUCUGGAAACACUGCAUGGGAGAACGUGACCGAGGUCGGUGCCUUCGUGCUGGUGGGCUUCCUCACGGCCCCGGCUGCCUCCCUCUUCGUGCUGGUGGAGAACCUGGCCGUCAUCCUCACCUUCUGGGGCAGCUCCUCCCUCCACAGGCCCAUGCACUACUUUCCGGGCAUCCUGUCGUCCCUGGAGAUCUGGUACGUGUCUGACACCAUCCCUAAGAUGCUGGACGGCUUCCUCAUGCAGCGGGGACGCAUCUCCUUUGUUGGCUGCAUGACUCAGCUCUACGUCUUCAGCUUCCUGGUGUGCACCGGGCGUGUGCUCCUGGCCUCCAUGGCCUGCGACGGCUACCAAGCCAUCAUGACCAUGGGGCUGUGCGUCCAGCUGGUGGCCUUCGCCUUCGUGAGUGGCUUCACCAUCUCUGUGAUCAAGGUCUACUCUAUCUCCAGCACCACGUUCUGUGGCUCCAAUGUCCUGAAGCACAUCUUCUGUGACAUCUCCCCCAUCCUCACUGCCUGCACGGACUUCUCGACCGCCGAGCUGGUCGGCUUCGUCCUGACCUUCAGCGUCCUGGUGUUCCCGCUCGUGGCCACCAUGCUUUCCUGUGGACACAUCACCCUGGCCGUCCCGCGCAUCCCCUCGGCCACGGGCCAUCGGCGAGCCUUCUCCACCCGCGCCUCCUACACGGUCACCACCGUCUACAUGGCCUUGAUAUUCAUGUAUGUCUGGCCCCAGGCCAUGGAUUCCUGGAGCUCCAACAAGCUCAUCUCUGCUGUUUACACUGUCCUCACCCCAGUCAUCAACCCCUUGAUCUACUGUCUGAGGAACAAAGAAUUCAAGGAUGCUCUGAAAAAGGCUCUGGACUUAGGUCAACUUUCACAGUAGCACAGUUAAAUGUCCUAUAGUCUAAUCUGUGGUGAUAAUAAAAACAACACCGUAUAGGACACUUUACUUUCUUUAAUAGUGACAAUUUAUGUAAUUAAUUAGUUUAUUUUUGGCUGUGCCACGCAGCUUGCAGGAUGUUCGUUCCCCCACCAGGAAUCGAACCCGCACCCUCAGCAGUGAAAGUGCAGAGUCCUAACCACUGGACCACUAGGGAAUUCCCACUUUAGGUUUUUUAAAGUAAAUUUUUAAAUGAAAUUUAGCAAACCCACAGAACUGUGAAUAAAUAAUAAGUCUUCAUCCGGAUUUGGUUUCACAAAAGAACCACACUUAUGUCACCAGCACCCGGAUCAAGAGUCAGAAGCUACCCUCACGGCCCGUCCCCAAGAUUUCCACUAUCCAGACUUCUAACACCAGGUACUACUUUUUGACGUUUCUAUGAAUAA